AAACAUGGAGGACCAAAAGUGGACUUUCCCCUUUUUUUUUAAAACAAAAAAUACAACCUACUGAUUUUUUAAAUUGAUAGUAAAAGGGUAGAGGGCCAAAAGUGUCACUCACUUAUCAUUACUAUUUCUCCAAUCCCCAAUUAUUUUUCCUCCGUUAAGGAUCGCCCAAAAAAGGGUGAGAUCGAUGGAGGGCGACGUGGAGAUGGCGGCAGCGGAGGUGGGAGCCUACGGCGGAGCUGCCGUUGAGCUGGAUGACAUGAAGAAGAGGCUUAAGGAGAUGGAGGACGAAGCCGCCGCCCUCCGAGAAAUGCAGGCGAAAGUUGAGCAGGAGAUGGGCUCUGUUCAAGGAGAUCCUGCUUCUGCAUCUAAUCCAGCAAAUAGGGAAGAAGUGGAUUCCCGAUCAGUUUUUGUCGGCAAUGUGGAUUAUGCAUGUACACCAGAGGAAGUCCAGCAACAUUUCCAGUCAUGUGGGACCGUGAACAGAGUAACUAUAAGGACCGACAAGUUUGGACAGCCUAAGGGAUAUGCAUACGUUGAGUUUCUAGAAACAGAAGCUGUUGAGCAGGCUCUUCUUCUGAAUGAAUCUGAACUUCACGGUCGGCAAUUGAAGGUAUCAGCCAAGAGGACCAAUAUUCCUGGCAUGAAGCAAUUUCGUCCUAGGCGUUCUAAUCCUUACUUGGGCAGUAGGCCCCGGCCCCCAUACAUGGCUGCUCCAUUCCUUAUUUCCCCUUAUGGUUAUGGGAAGGUCCCAAGGUUCAGGAUGCCAAUGAGAUACAGCCCUUACUUCUGAUCCUUGAUUCUUUUAGCUCUGGACUCUUCGUACUUUUGAUAUCUUUGAAUGCUUUUCCUUCCGCUCUCUGCAUGAUUUAUGUUUAAUGGAAUGAAACUGUUCUGUAAGUCAUUGCUUUGUGUUUUAAGUUAUUAUUACAGUUAUAUCGUUUUUUCAGUGUGAUAUUUCUGUUUGAACCACUCACUUUUAAGCAGUAUGCACAAGUUUCUCCUAUUUGUUGCAUGUAUAUUGCGUAUUAUGUGAACCAUCAACUAUGUUCUCAGUAGGUGAAGAAAAAAACUAUGUUCUCAGUAUUUAAAAAGUAUUCCCUAAUUUAAAUUUCUCAUUCUUUAUCCAUUUGUAAUUUCCUUAAAUUUUAAUGAU